AUGUCUUCUCAGUCGACAGAUGUGAGUGUCAAGUUGACCUAUCUCCAAUGGCAGUCUAUCUACAACGAUACACGACCAUAUCGCAUCGCCCAAUUCGGCCGUAAAAAGAAAAACGCCCAGAAGCUAGCGCAUAACCUGAUAUUUCAUAAAGGCGACAGCGAAGAACUUAUUCGAGAUAUUCGGAAGACAAAGGAACAAGGCGCGCAGUUCAGCCUUGAAAUGAAUGGGUUCAUUUAUCGCGAGUAUCCGUCAUCAUCAAUGGCGCCAAGCGAUUUCUGGAGUGCAGAACAGGUUGAGAAGGUCUUCUUGCCUGAAUGUGAAGCGGUCAUAAGAAAUGAGAUCAAGGGAGUGGAUCAGGUUUACAUCUUUGACUGGAAGGUAACAAGCCCCAUUUCAUGUGCAGGAUGA